AUCUCCAUGUCAUCCGUCUCCACCUCUGUAGAGGGCCCCUGCCCUCUCGCCCAGGAUCGAAGGGCGCCGCACCAACUGCAGGCGGAGUGGUUCCCCCGAGAACACGGAUAACCAAAGAGGAUCGGGCUGGCAACACAAAAGGAUUGGGAAACAACAACCAUAGGUCAUCCCAAGAACACUACUGCCGCACAUGGAACAACCACAUGGCAAGACAAGAGCAGUUGAAUGUAGACGCGAACGAAGAGAACCAUGGCACCACCACCAAUCACAUACAGCAACAGGCCUCCUCGCAGUCCCCAAGCGACGCCUUCAAGAAGGGGAGUGACAUGGAGUGCCACCGUCGCCCAAAACAGGGGACUAGGAUUUUCAUCCGAAAGCAAGGGAAUUGGUGGGUGGAAAGGACCUCGACGAAGCCUCCAUGGAGGGGAUCGGCACCAGCGGCGUCGACAUCGUCGUGACCAACUCGCCGGUCAAGGGUUUCCCCCGGUCUCACCCCCACCCCAACCACCCCCGUCGGCAAGAACCAGAUGGGACAAGACAGGUUGCACGGAGGUGGGGUUGGGUUUCUUCAGAUCAGACGCCAGGUCCGGCGAGAAGAUCCUGUCGCCGCGCGCCACGCAAGGGCGAGCAACCCAUGCCGUCCACACGGCCACGGGUGUUGGCCAGCACCAACGGACGCCACUCGCCGCAGAGUCGACGCCGCCCACCGCCCGGGGCCGCCGCCCCAGCACCCAAAGACCAACCUUGCCUGCCACCACAAGGAUGACAAGCCCCAAGCGCUCAGACAACCGCCUCGUCAUCGCCGGGACGAUAUCGGCAUGUUUUGGGGCUCGCAGAAAAUGAACCACCUGAAAGGAAUCUCUUGAUCUUGAGUUUUUUUUUUCAGUAUAUUAAAGUUGCCAAAUGGGUAAUAUUUUUUCACUGAACUUGGAGCCACGGUGUCAAACAUGCAUUUGAUCUGGUGUGGUGUCUCGUGCAAU